AUGACGGACCCUAUCUUGCCUAAAGCUGGCGAGCGCAAUAUCCUCGUGACGAGCGCUUUGCCCUACGUGAACAAUGUUCCCCAUCUGGGCAACGUAGUUGGCUCCGUGCUGAGUGCCGAUGUAUUUGCUCGAUACCACAAGGCCUGUGGCCGACGCACACUCUACAUCUGCGGUACAGACGAAUAUGGAACCGCAACCGAGACCAAGGCGCUUGAGGAGAAGAUGUCGCCGGAGGAUCUGUGCUCCAAGUACAACAAGAUCCACCAAGAUGUGUACGAAUGGUUCAACAUCGGCUUCGACCACUUCGGUCGCACACCCACACAGAAGCACACCGAGAUCUCGCAGUCGAUCUUCAAGCGCCUGCACGAGAACGGCUUCCUUAGCGAGCGCACCGCCGAACAGCCCUUCUGCGAGCAGCACGGCUCAUUCCUGGCUGAUCGCUUCGUGGAGGGCGAAUGCCCCCGCUGCCACUACGACGAUGCCCGCGGAGACCAGUGCGACAAGUGCGGUCACCUCCUCGAUCCCUUUGAUCUCAUCAACCCCCGCUGCAAGCUCGAUGGCGCUUCCCCCGUCCGCCGCGAGACGAAACACAUCCACAUCAUGCUCGACAAGCUCCAACCGGAGAUCGAGAAAUGGGUCCACCCCGCUAUUGAGAAGGGCAACUGGCCUAGAAACUCGCGCGUUAUCACUGAGUCCUGGUUGAAGGAGGGCUUGAAGGAGCGUGGUAUCACCCGAGACCUGAAGUGGGGUGUUCCCGUCCCGCUGGAGGGAUACGAGAACAAGGUUCUCUACGUGUGGUUCGAGGCUUGCAUCGGCUACCCCUCGAUCACAGCCAACUACACAGACGAAUGGGAGAAGUGGUGGCGCAACCCGGAGGACGUGCAGUUGUGGCAGUUCCUGGGCAAGGACAACGUGCCCUUCCACAGCGUGAUCUUCCCCGGCACCCAGAUCGCCACGGGAGAUAAGUGGACCAUGCUGCACCACCUGAGCACCACCGAGUACCUCAACUACGAAGGCGGCAAGUUCAGCAAGUCGCGCGGCGUGGGUGUGUUCGGCACGAACGCCCGUGAAACCGGCGUUUCUGCUGAUGUAUGGCGCUACUUCCUGCUGAAGAACCGCCCCGAGACCGGCGAUACCCAAUUCGAGUGGGGUCCCUUCGUGGACAGCAACAACGGCGAGCUCCUCGCCAAGCUGGGCAACCUCGUCAACCGUGUCAUCAAGCUCGUCGUCGCCUCCUACGGCUCCGUCAUUCCGGAAUUCACCGUGCCAGAGACCUUCAACCCAUUCCUCGAGGAAGUCACCGAGCAUCUGCGCCAGUACCACGAGGAUCUGGAAGGCGCACACCUGCGCGCCGGAGUGCAGACCGCCAUGCGCAUCGCCGAGGCAGGCAACGGACUGAUCCAAGCGAACCGUCUCGACAAUGCCCUGAUUGCCAACGAGCCCGAGCGCGCCGCUGCCGUCGUCGGCACAGUGCUCAACCUGAUCCACCUGCUGUCCAGCGUGUUCUCGCCCUACAUGCCAGCAACCUCGAAGUCGAUUCUUGAGCAACUGAACGCUCCCUUCCUGAACAUCCCCAGCUUGGAAGAGAUCGAGUCUGGCUGGAAGCCUACUUCGCUGAAGGCGGGCCACAAGAUUGGCAAGCCAGCUUACCUGUUCUCGCGUAUUGAUCCUAAGAAGGCAGAUGAGUGGCGUGAGAUGUUCGGCGGCUCGCAGGCGGACCGCAAGAAGAAGGAGGAGGAUGCUGCCAAGGCUGCUGCGAAGAAGGCUGCUGCUAAGGCUAAGAAGAAGGAGAAGAAGGAGAAGGGCCGUGCUGGUGCCCCCGAAGGUGGUGUUGAGGGGUCUGCUAAGGGUGGUGCCGAGAAGGUCUCUGUUACCACUGAGGGCAAGAAUGAUGAGGCUGUUGAGAAGAUUGCUGAUGGUGUGGCGCAGGUUACUCUGCCUACUUCUUAG